CAGCAGAACAGCAUGGAGCUAGCUUCAGAUACAUAUUUCAGUGCAAAAUUAGACUUCUAACUAAGUAUUUUUUUUGCUGUAAGCGUAGCUAGUGCUAUGAGUAGUUAAUAUAAAUUAUGCACCAAGUAAAAUUGUAUUCCUCUGUAUUAAUUAGGUAAUAAGUGGCAGCUAAUUUGGCGUCAGAAAUGGCAUACCCACAUAACCCUGAUAUUUUUCGCUGGAAAAGAGUUACUAAGACUAAAAAACCCACUGCAGAUAAGCAGGUGCAGCUCAAUAAUGGGGAGAUCAACCAAUGGAUGAAGACAGUGGAAAUGGCCUCAGACAAUGCAGUGAGUGAAGUUUUUUCCCUGAAGAAGCCCCAUUCAGUGAUAAGCAGUCAGUCAAUGGCACUACACAGCACAGAGCAGCUGCUGGAUCAUGACCAAGCAUACGGGGAAGCUCAGGCUCUUCUUAGUGAUUGGAUGAACAGCAAGUUGCGUCUGGAACUGGAGAUGGAGGAAGAGGAGGAUGUGAUUGUCUCCCCCGAGAAGAACAGUCCAGAAGCAAUGCCACCUGCCCAGCCUGUCUCCCUGGACUACAGCAACUUUGAUGACCUGUAUUUCCACCUGGCUGAGGAAGAGGAGAGCUCAGCGGUUAACAACUUCCUUCAAGACCUCAUGGAGCGGGAAGUGGUGGAUUCUGGGAUAGUGGAGGAUCUGGCACUAGACUCUGAAGAGCGAGAUAGGAGGAUGAGGAGGGACCCGAGCCUCACCAUGGAGGCACGUCAUCGACAGGUACGUGAGAACCGUGCACGGCGGGACGCGGAGCGGGAGAGGUUGCACAGGGAAAGGGUGGCGCGGAGGCAGGCCAGGGAGGAGGCGCAGAGGAGGGAGCAGGAGGAGGAGAGGUGGAGGAGGCAGGAGGCACGCAGGCAGGAGGAGAUGGUGCAGCAGGAGAUGGUGCGACUGCGCCGCGAGACGGAGGAGAGGAGGAACCUGGAGCAACUAGCCAGGCAAAUGGAGAGGGAGAGGAUCGCCAGGAAGACGGCAGCUAAGAGCUCACUGGUACUCCAGCCAGGCCCUUCAUUCUCUACUGCACAGAAACAACAUGACACUGAGAGACCACUCAGACUACAGCAAGCAGAGGUCAGGGUUCAGAUGCACAACCUUAAGUGUCUGCAGAGGCACUUCUCUGGCUGGUACUCAGUGCUGUUGGAGAGGAGGUUGCAGAUGGGCAAGGCGGCGGCGCUCUGUGAUUGGAGGAGACAGCUGAGGGCGUGGCGAGACUGGCGGGCGCUGGUGUGGGCAGGGCGAGAGCAGCGGGAAGCGGAGAGAACAGAGGAGGAGUUACGGACCCAGAAAAGACACUGCCAGGUGGCGAUGGUGAGUGACCGGAGGCGUUUGCUAAGACGAUGCCUGAGUGAUUGGCGGCUGUGGUGUCGGGCGGAGAGAGAACGCCGGGAGCUGUUGUCACAGCAGCAAGAGACGCGGCGCAAGAUGGCCGCCCUGAUUAAUGCCGUGGCAACUGGGAAACUCAAGAUGAUGGAGGAAACACAUACUCCUGAGCCAAUCACUGCCCUACCUGAGCCUUCUGACCAAUCAGAAACCGUAGAACUGAAAGGUCAGCCAGGGUCACGACCUGCUGGCCCCACCCCCUCUCCUGCCUGUCAAGGGGACGGACAGCUGGGGGCUGUGGUCCUGCACACCCUCCCCUGGCAGGUGACACGGCGUAACGCGGCGCUGAGUGCAGGCGAGCUGAGGCGAGCACGGGAGAGGGGCGAGGUGGGCGAUGGGGACGGCAGUGUAGGUGCUGCCCCCCGGUCUCAUAGAGCAGUGGUGUGUGGGGGCCGGUUCGAGCAUCGCCAUGCCAGCCAGCAGCAGACCAUUGCAGAGCAGAGGAGGCUCCUCGAGGAGCAACAGGAGCAGAUCGCACGCCUGCAGGAGGAGCAAAGCAUGAUGGGACUGAGGCAGGAAGCCCAGACAGCCGCCCAGAUCGCUGUCCCAGCAUCCCCAAGGCCCAGAGGGAUGACCUCUGACCCCAAAGAACCCAGGGCUGGAAGAGUCGCUCUGGGGAACGAUGGCCGUUCCUCGGCCUCCAGGAAACCAGCUGUCCGUCAGCCCUGUCGUCAUCCCACCGUCAUGGCCAUGGAGGAACGUGCUCGUCAGCGAGCGGAGCGCAGGAGGGAGGUGGAGGAGCUGAAGAGAAAGAAGGAGGAGGAGAGGCUGGCCCAGCUGAAAACAGCAGUGAAGGAGAGGCAGAGGGAGGAGGAGGAUGAGAAACGUAGAGCAGUGGAAAGGAGGAGGGAGGAGAAGAGACAAGAGAGAGAGAGGGAGCAGGAGAAACAAUGGAGGUUGGAGCGAGACCAGCAGCUCCAGACCCAGGCCCAGCAACACUACCACAAAACUCUUUUACUACGGCGAGGCCUGGAGCCAUGGAAACGCCUAGUUGCCCAGAGCCAAGCCAACACUCAGCUGGCCAGGGCUCAUCACAGGCAGUCUCUCCUGAGACGGUGCACACUGUCCUGGCAGCAGGUAGCAGGCGAGUCCCUGGCUCAGAAAUGGGCCUCUGCCGACCAACUGCAUCAACACAUCCUGCUACGGAGGAGCCUGGGCAACUGGAAAAGGCUGAAGGAUCACUGCAUGGUUCUGGAGGGGCGGGCCGAGCGGUUCUGGCGCACACAUACUCUGAAGAGGGCUCUGAUUGGACUGCUAGAUCACGCGACCCAGGAGAGGAUGGCAGAUUGGGAUCGGGAGCAGCAGGCUCAGGAACACAGUACCAGGCGGGCGGUGCGAAGCUGUUUCCAAGCCUGGAGACGGUAUCCGGGGUGGCUGCGUGAGGAGAGAGAGAGGGAGACCAGGAGGGAGCAGCUGAGACGCCGAGUGGCAGAGGUCCUCCCUGACUUCCGCUCUUCUCCUCUGGACUGUACCUGGGAACCAGGCCCUCUGUGACCCACAGGACACACACGUACAGUAGACAUACACAUGCGUACAGUACACUCAGGCAGGCAGACAGACAGAGAAUACUUGCAUAGAGGAUAAAUCAGUGGAUAGGACCCAAAGCAGAUGAUUAAGUUGCUGCUGUAACAAUCACACAUACCAGCUGUUGGUCUACCUUCAUUACCUGAGAAAGGUGGAGACAACUUUUAAUAAAGACAGUUUGGAAACGGUUGUAACAGCAAUGACUCAUUUAAAAUUCAGGUUAUUUAAUAUUUUUGAAGUCACAGUUUGAUGCAGUUUGACAGCAGCUUGAAGCCAUACAAAAUAAAAAGCAUUAUGUUAUUCAUAUCACCAUAAACGAGUCUCACUGUGGGUAGUCUGUCGAAGUUGUUCUCCCAUCUCUGUGCUUUUGUUGUUUUAUUCUCUGAAGUCCUGUGUAGCUCAGUUGGUAGAGCAUGGUGCUUUCAGCUGAGCCAGAACAUGUAAAAGGGCUUUGGGCCAGUAACUGAAAGGUUGCUGGUUUGAAUCCCUGUGCUGACUAGGUGAAAAACCAAUGUUCCCUUGAGCAAGGUACUUUAUCCUAAUUGCUUCUGUAAGCAAAUGACUAAAAAUGUUUAAUGUGAUGUGAUGUGAUGUUUAAUGCAACACUAAUGAUCCUGACCAGCCUCAGUCUACAGAGACGUAUCAACACUAAUGAUCCUGACCAGCCUCAGUCUACAGAGACGUAUCAACACCAAUGAUCCUGACCAGCCUCAG